UUCAUGUCGCAAUUAAUCGAAUCAAUCAACAAAGCACAAUUUGCAAAGACCUUAUAUUGAUAGAUCAAUCAUCAGCAAUAUAGAGUGAGAUUUGCUCCGGUCAAAAAAAAAAAAAAACCUCGAGGUACCGGUACUUCACAAUACUAAAUCACCUCCGAUUGUUGGAUCUAAUUGAGCAUGAUAGAUAUUGUUAGAUCCAACGAUCAAAAAAUGAUUUGAUAUCGUGAGGUACUGCUACCUUAAGAUAUUUUUUGUUGGACUAGAGCAAAUCUCAUUUUCUCUACUACUUAAAAAAUCUGUAGUGGUGGUCUUGAUUUCUGACAUAGCAGACGCAUCUAACAAACACGUCUAAUCUCAACCAUCCGAUUUUCAUAUCCAAUGGCGUCAAAUCUCCUCCCAUCGCUCCUCUCCUCAUCACGCGCCACGCCCACUCCUUUCCCCACGCCGCGUCCUUCGCCCUCCUCCCUGCGUCGCCUCCUCGUGGUCUUGAAUCCAACAGAUCAGAUCACAAUUCAAUCUUCCGCACGCGCCCCACGCAUCGUCGAUCGCACGCGGCGCGCACACACACCCCUUUCCCCCGAUUUUCUCUCCCUCUCAACGCCGUCUCCCAUCUCUGUUUCCUUCGCGUCCGCCUCCUCCGCCCCGCACCAAAUCUUCGCCUCCUCUUCUCCCGCCUCGCCGGCGCAUGGCGGCUGAGGGUGAGGGCAGGCUGGCAGCUGAUGAAGGCACACUACGACCCAAUCUCCGGCUCGUCGACCGCCUCCACGCACGCCCCGCCCCCGAUCUCCGCCGCCUCUUCUCCCGCCUCGACCGCCUUCACGCGCGCCGCCGGAAGCCAAUCUCCUCGGCGCCACCCCAUUCUAUCAUUUGUCGAGGUUGGAAUUGCUGCGGGAUCAAGCGAAGCCUCGUCAGGCCAUGCCCUCGUCUCAUUCCUCAGUUUAUAGAGUCCAUUCCAAGCAGAAUAUAACCAAUGCCAGUAUUUUGGAAUGAGCGCAGAAUUGAUCCGUCACUUCUGAAGAAACUCCGUUACUUAGCAGAAGCAGAGGCCACAACCUGGCAGCGGCUGGUCACUUCAGCGGUCUCCAAUUGCCUUUGAAUACGCCAAUGGUAAUUUCAAAAAUCUCCAAGUAGUCCACUAAUUUUAUUACUUACAUUUUUUUUCAUCUAAAGCAAAAUUGAAAACAUAUGUUUCCUUGUAAUUCUAAAUUUGACUGCACAUAUUUUGAUUUUUGAUGAGUACUGCUCGAUAGAUUCAAAGCGGCCAUGAGUUUUUUUUUUUGAGUUGAAGUGGCAAGAGCAUUGCCGAAUAUAUUAGACGAAUAGAGUUCACCCUGUUUAUAAGGAAAACCGGGCCCAAAAAACAUACAACUGCCCGGUUUGCUAAAGUGAAACCGGCGAAAACCUUACACAGAAGACACAAAAAGCCUGAGACAAGACAACUACGAACUGUCGGAGGCCGAGGGAUGAGCAAGACCGUAAGAUGAAAUCUCCAAGGAGGUGAAUAACGACAUAAGCCGCUGUCGACGUCCGUCCAAAAACUGGGCUGGUUUUCACCCAGGGGGGAGGGAGUCCACAAGGCAACACCUCCAGGGAGGAAACGGCACCCGUGGGCGUCGAUAUUGCCAAUCCUAGAACAGGCAGGGCAUGAGGUUUUUGGGAACUAGCAAUUAUUGAUUUUGAUUGUUGAUGAUGAAGAGUUCUGACUAUCUACAUGGGUUAGUUUCUUGUUCAACAAAUUCAGGAAAUAGUUUCAGCUCAUCAGAAGUUUGCAUCGAUGUCAUCCCUUCUAGCCAUCUUCUGUGCAUUUGCUUGGAACAUUUGGUUCUGCACUACCGUUGACUAUAAAAUACAGCUCAACAGAGCUUUAUUUUCUCACA